AGCCGCCGCCGCCGCCACCGCCGCUGCCCCCCCUGUAGUCUGUACCGCAGUGUCUGCUCCUCCCGUCCGCCCGGGUCCGGCCCGCCCCUUCCCCUUUCCCUUACCUCCGUCCCGGGGACCCGUUAGUGGGGUCCCGAACCCACUGUGCCGUCGCUUCUUCCCCUCCUUUUUUAUUUUUAAAUAUAUAUACAUACAUACAUAUAUUUUUUUUUUGACGCCGCCGCCCGCCUGAGGAGGAGACGAGCGAAGCCGUGGUGGUGGGGGGAAGAAAUUACAACCACCACCGCCACCGCCAGGAUGGAUAGAAUGACAGAAGAUGCUCUUCGCCUGAAUCUCCUGAAGCGGAGUUUAGAUCCAGCAGAUGAACGAGAUGAUGUUUUGGCAAAACGACUCAAGAUGGAGGGGCAUGAGGCUAUGGAACGUCUGAAAAUGUUGGCACUGCUGAAAAGGAAAGAUUUAGCAAAUCUUGAGGUGCCACAUGAGUUACCUAGCAAACAAGAUGGUACUGGUGUCAAGGGUUAUGAAGAGAAACUAAAUGGUAAUCUCAGGCCUCACGGAGACGGCAGGACUGCUGGAAGACCAGGCAAAGAAAACAUCAGCGACGAGCCUGUGGAUAUGAGUGCCAGGCGGAGUGAGCCAGACCGAGGAAGGUUAACUCCUUCCCCAGACAUAAUUGUUUUGUCUGACAAUGAGGCUUCUAGUCCCCGGUCCAGCUCCCGAAUGGAAGAAAGACUCAAAGCAGCCAACCUAGAGAUGUUUAAGGGUAAAGGCACUGAGGAGCGGCAGCAGCUGAUCAAACAGCUGAGGGAUGAGCUGCGUCUGGAAGAAGCCCGACUGGUGCUGCUGAAGAAGCUGAGACAGAGCCAGCUCCAGAAAGAGAAUGCAGUUCACAAGACACCAGUUGUACAGAAUGCAGCGUCUAUUGUUCAACCAUCUCCUGCCCACGUGGGACAGCAGGGCUUAUCUAAGCUUCCUUCUCGGCCUGGGGCCCAAGGGGUUGAACCUCAGAAUUUGAGAACAUUACAGGGUCACAGUGUCAUCCGUUCAGCAACUAAUACCACCCUCCCUCACAUGUUGAUGUCUCAACGUGUUAUUGCACCAAAUCCAGCCCAACUACAGGGCCAACGAGGCCCACCGAAGCCUGGCAUUGUACGCACCACAACACCCAAUAUGAAUCCUGCCAUCAAUUAUCAACCACAGUCAAGUUCUUCUGUUCCCUGUCAGCGCACAGCAUCCUCUGCCAUCUAUAUGAACCUUGCCUCCCAUAUUCAACCAGGGACUGUGAACAGAGUGUCCUCUCCACUUCCUAGCCCCAGCACCAUGACUGAUGCUGCCAACUCACAGGCUGCAGCCAAAUUGGCUCUUCGCAAACAGCUGGAAAAGACCCUCCUGGAGAUACCACCUCCAAAACCUCCUGCUCCUUUGCUUCACUUCCUGCCUAGUGCAGCCAAUAGCGAGUUCAUCUACAUGGUAGGCUUGGAAGAAGUCGUGCAGAGUGUCAUUGACAGCCAGGGCAAAAGCUGUGCCUCACUUCUGCGGGUUGAACCUUUUGUAUGUGCCCAGUGCCGCACAGACUUCACACCGCACUGGAAGCAAGAAAAGAAUGGUAAGAUACUGUGUGAGCAGUGUAUGACUUCCAACCAGAAGAAGGCUCUAAAGGCUGAACAUACCAACCGGCUGAAAAAUGCUUUUGUUAAAGCCCUACAGCAGGAACAGGAAAUUGAACAGCGAUUACAGCAGCAGGCAGCACUUUCCCCCACUACAGCCCCAGCCGUAUCCAGUGUCAGUAAACAAGAGACCAUCAUGAGACAUCACACACUGCGGCAGGCUCCACAGCCCCAGAGCAGUCUCCAGCGUGGUAUACCCACAUCAGCCCGCUCCAUGCUUUCAAACUUUGCACAGGCACCCCAGUUAUCUGUGCCAGGUGGUCUCCUUGGUAUGCCAGGUGUCAACAUUGCAUACUUGAACACUGGCAUUGGAGGACAUAAAGCCCCCAGUUUGGCGGACCGACAGCGUGAAUACCUUUUAGACAUGAUCCCUCCCCGGUCCAUAUCGCAGUCCAUCAGUGGACAGAAAUAACGCCUGUUUCUCUUGUACUGCCCGACCUUGAAUCUUUUACCCUUUUCCUCUCCCAUUGCGCCCAAGUUCCGUCGCAUGCAGUGCCUGUACUGGUGCCUACCAUACACGGAAAACAAAACUGAAAAAACAGAAGACAAAAAAUAGAAUUCAACAAGAAAACACACGCCCUUGCCCCGCCACCUCCCCUUUAUUUCACACUGCUGCGAUCUGUUCUCCUGCUGCUCUGUCUUCUUCAAUUUUCUCUUAACAGUGAGGUGGAUCUUUGCCUCUGAUAGAGGUCAAAAUGAGGUCCUGGGGAGAUUUAAAUCCUUUGACGUGUGUUUCUAAAGUUUGCUUUAUGCUAUAAUUAUUAAUUAUAUUGUGUGUCUUCCCUUUGUUCAGUGGACGGUUAAUCCCCCCCCCCUAUUUUUUUGUUUUCUUUCUUUCCUCCCCUCUCCCUCUUUUUUUUUUAAAUAUAUAUAAACACAAAUGUUACACAAUUUAAUGAUGAGAGCAUUGCAGAUUGCAGUAGGGUCCUCAGCUGCCAAGUAGGUAACAUAACAGAAUGUUAGGGACAGAUGUUUAAACGCACUUAAUCUAAGGUGGGAGUCAGUAGUAUCAAAAAGAAGGAAUAGCACCUCACUGUGGUGGUUGUGGAACCUGGACAGUUUGGGAGGCAGGAGUUUAGAACUGAAGUUGGCCUCUUAAGAAUGAGGUGAGAGAGUCUGGAGGGGAAGCUUUGAACCAGCUGCUGUGGUCUACCCAUGGACGAGUGGCCAGGGGGUAUGAGAGUAAGCACGAUGCUGCCCCAAGGAGGACAGAGCAGGUCCUGGCUCUAGCUGCUGGGGAAUAAGACUGAUCAUCUGACCCUACUGGGACACAAGGCUGUUCCAGGCCAACUAGUCCCAAGUUGUUCAUCUUACUUUCCUUCAAGAAUUGUCUCCCACCACACCCUCACACCGUUUUGAAAAAUACUAAUCACCUUCCUCUAAACAGUCCCAGAAGAAGAGGUAUUUCCAGGCUGAAAUUUGCUGGAUGUCCUAGAAGCUGGAAUGUGUAUUGAGUGAGUUACAUGACAAAAGAAGGGAAUAGGGCUUAGAAGAAGAGAGAUUGCUCUCCUAGGAGUUGGGAGUCUCGAGUUUUUCUGUCCCUGUGCCUUCUGAGGGCCAGAAGUGAGGAGGAGGACUGCAGUCAGGUUGCAGUCCCUCCCUGACUGCUGGGGUGAUUGCAGAACCAGCUGCAGCCAAGCAGCUCAGCCAGCCAACGCCGGACCUCUGCUCCUCAAGUGUGUCCACCCCAGGACCCGGUCCUCUGAAUCUUUUUUUCUUUUUUUGUCACUACUAAUGUAGAGAGUGAACUGACCUGUGCAAUGUUGCUGUUCUGGGAGUCGGGGAGGUCGGCAUCCCAUUUGCCCGUGCUGUGGGAGGAAAGAGGGACUUAGCUGUUUCUGAGGUAGAGAAGCCCCUGAAAGGGAAAGGUUUCCGCUCUCCUCGGAGUGCGCCUGCGCCUGCCUCUCCCGCUCUGAAGAUACUCUUGGCAAAGAGCUAUGAGGAGUUGUAUAGUAGUUUGCCCUUGAAAGCCACCUGAAGAAAUUCCCUCAUUUUUAUUUUUAAAAGUUAAAUAAUUUUUUUAAAGUAAGAAGGCACUUUUAAAAUUAACCAUACAAACUGCACAUCUUUCCCAUAAAAUGUGGGGGUGGGGUGGGAAGAGAAGCUGCAAUCAAGCUCCACUCCUUCACUUGCCUCUGCUCCCCACACCCCAGUGCACUGUGGGUGAUUAUACUGGCCCUACGGGCCUUCCUGGCUUUUUGUCUUUCCUCUCUUUCCUCAGACUCAUUGAGCACUUAAUAAAGGAGCAGAGAUGCACCCGCGUCAGGGCUCCCCAAGUGGUGAAGUGAUCCAGAAGCUAGAUGCUAGUAACAAGUAGUGUGAGCGGAUCAUUUCAAGUAUUUUUUCUGGGGAAUAUGGUACCCCUAAGUGGUGGGGAAGGGAGGGGGGGUUAAUGAAACUGGGUCUGGGAUUAUUUUAAAAUUAUAUACAUAUAUAUAUAUAAAUAUAUAUUCUUACAUCUUUUCUUUGCCCUCUUGUGCUUUGAAAGCACUGGAUAAAUUGGCUUUGCUUUUCUCUUCCACAAAAUUGGAAGCUUUUCUUCUUUUUUAAAUGUUUUUCCUAUAAGUCAUCUUGCCUUGUGGCAUGUCUGUCUAGCCCCUCCCUCCCCAUUCCAUGAUGAAGUGCCGUUUCUGUUAUGUCUCCCUGACCCCCAGUUCAGAGGUGCCCAGAGGUACAAGGUGCCCACGUUUGUCAGUUGAGAUUACAAGUAAGGAUCAGAGAAUGUGCAAUACCUUAACGGCUGGGGCGCCCUGCCCUGAGCUAACUCCCUUCCCCGGGAGCCAGGCUGUGUUGAAUGGGGUUUGGAAGUGCAGUGUGGAGGUGGGGAGGACAAAGAAGGAAAGCCCAUGGCCACCCGUGCGGUGCCAGGCUGUCGGGAGAGGGUGGGCUCUCCCCGCUCUUCUCAGAGUCACUUUCCUAGAAGCUGCUUGUUGACUAGUGUUGCUCUGUGACCCUGUGCUCGAUCGCUGAGGUUUGAUUUCUUCUCUCCGUCUUCAUACCCUUCCCAGGGAUUAGUAAUGGGGGAAUCUCUAAUCAUGGUGAAGUAUUAGCCUACCACUUCCCUCCCUGUCCCUGUCCCUGUCCCUGUCCUUCAAGCCUCCACUUUUUCUACCACUGAUUGCCUUGUGUCCCUGCAAGUCUGUUGCUGUCGUCCCAGGCCUCAGGCCCCGAUGAGAGCGGGAGACCCUGUCCAUGGUCAGCUGUUCUUUGCCCUUGCGUCUCUGAAUCUCAAGGUUUUAACAGAGUGAGGGCCCCACCAGUUCUGUCUGGCUUCCCCCAGACCCAGUCAUUUGUGGAGGGUGUCUUAACGAGAGAUCUGAGGUGGGUGGUCAGUGGUAAGGCUUGGGCAAGGUCAGGAGACACGGGUCCUCCUUUGUCGGUCUUGUCACUUGACCACAGCAUCUGGACUCCUUCCAUCGCUGAAAUAAGUAUUUUCCCCACAUUUUUGGAUGUAUGUAUGGUAGACAUUUUUUUCUUUAAAGACACAGAUAACUGUUUCCUGCUUUGGUUACCUUUCCUCCCCUUUAAAGGACUUAGCUGUAGAUGCUUUGUGAAGAUGCUUCUUGACAUUUUACUUUGGUUCCUUUCCUGGCCAUUCCCCCCCUGAUCUGCCCAUUUCUCCAGAAGGCAUAACCCUUCUCUCCAAACCCUGUUUCCUUCCCUUCCAUCAAGAUCUUCAUUAGCUUAUGAUAUUUGCUGCCGAGAUGUUAUAACAAGGACUCAUUCAUGUAUAUAAGCUAUUUCUUGAUCCAUUUAAAAGGAAUUGUACAUUGUGUAGAAAAAAAAAUGAAAAAGAAAAAAAAAAAAGCCCUAGCCAUGGAUAUUGUGAAACUGUGUUAUGUCAUUUUGUAAUGUGCCCGUUUGUGUAUGAUCCGUGCAAAAGGGUUUCUGGGGAAGGGGAGG